AUGGACCUUGAGACAACGGGGGUGGAUGAGACAGUUGACACAAGCAUGUUCAGCCAGUACACGCUCGGUGUGCAUUCUGGCGGACCACAUCGCGGUGUCAAGUGCAACGAAGAGAAGCCUGUCUGUGAUAAUUGCAAGCGGCAUCACUCAGAAUGCGUCUAUGAUCGUAUUCCACCCCUGCUAACUCCAGUCAUUUCUCCUGCUCCAUUCCGCCCAGAGUCUGCAGAGGCUCGAGUCGCGGCCGCCAUUGCCCGCAAUAUUGAAAAUUCGCAUCUUUCCGAUCCUCCAGAAUCUAGGGAGCGACGCAUCCUGGAAACCAGGUUAAUGUAUCAAUAUGCAACAUCAACUGGUACAACGAUUGCCAUUGAUGAUAAAUCCAGGGGGCUGUACGUGGACAUGGUGCCCCGCUUAGCCCUGGCAUCGGAUGCGUUGUUGUAUUGCAUGUACUCACUCGCUGCUUUGCAUUGCAAAGUCGUCGGUGAUCUGAUGGGACUCGUCAGCCGUGAUGCUCAUCGGAAGUACCUCUCCAUGGGAUUACGAGAGCACAACCUCGCCAUCGCGAACAUCACACCGGAGACCGCAGACGCGAUAUGUUUGACUUCGGCCCUACUUCGAGUCUGCUCUUUCAUCUUGCUACAGGAUCGAGUGCGGCGGCCCUAUUCCCCGCCAGUGGAGUGGUUGAUGAUGAAUGCAAGCACCAAGGCUAUUGUAGCUACAGCAUACGAGCUUCCAGGUGGUACGGAAAAGUCUGUUGCGGCAAUGAUGGUUGGAUUUUCUCCUCUAGUGUCCAACGAGCAAAUGCGAUUUGACCCAGCUCAAAGACAAGGCUUGGAACGAUUAUUACAACGAGACCAGGUCCGAGACGCCGAGGAGCGUUGGGAUCCUGAAAUCCAGGAUGCAUAUGAAUCUACGCUGAGCUACUUAGGCGGAGCCAUUGAAACAGCAAGAGGUGGAGAUAGACACGACGGCCUACGAAGACUCAUCAUAUUUCCCAUGUUGGUGAAAGGGAAGUUUAUAGAAUUGGUUCAAGAGAGGGAACCGCGGGCGACCGUCUUUUUAGCGUAUUAUUUUGCUCUUUUGUCCUUGCACAAGGACAGGUGGUGGAUUGGGGAAGCAGGGACUCAUGAAGUACGCGAAAUUUCGGCACAUUCGACCGGCUACUGGCGGACCUUGCUAGAAUGGCCGCUGAAGGUUGUUGAAACUGGGGAUAUUCCUCUGGUUGCUCAAGGCGAUUAG